CAGCAAGAGAGGACCUGCGACAGUUUCAAUUCGGCUUCUUCUCUUGAGGCCUGGGUUGCAUCUACCCCGACAAGCGCCCUCUGCUAGCGAAUCGAAUUUCCGCCAUGACUGACUCCGUUUACUCCGAUUACCCUCCCCCCCUCAACCCCGCACAGAAGGAGUUCCUGGUGCGAACAGUCAAGGAUUGGACUGUCCAGCAUGGCCUCAUGAUUCGCCCCUCCCCUGCCUUCAUAUCGAAAGAAUCGGACCCUCGAGGCGUGACUGCAACCAGCGCCCCGGUGACCUUGUUUCCCAGUCCCUUUCCGAAGGCUUGCUUCGACGAGGCAAGAGCCCUCCAGACGGUAUACAACGAACUCUACGCGGCGAUCACCUGCAAUGAGAAGUGGAUUGGCGACAUUAUGGAAGAGUAAGGAGACACCUCCGAUCUGGCAUCUGGCCCAUGGCUCAAUCGAGCUGUGUGUUGCCGACUUGGACGGUACUAAAUCCUCUCUCUCUAGCCUCAUUGACGUGGAUGAUUUCAUCUCUCACCUGUGGAAGGUUCACCUUGCGGUCAAGGAAGAAGGAUAUGCUCAGACACUAGCCCUUGGUCUCUACCGCUCCGAUUACAUGGCCCACUUUCCGUCGGGUGCCACCGCACCGUCCUUGAAACAGGUGGAGUUCAACACCAUCUCCUCCUCAUUCGGCGGCCUAUCUUCCCUCGUGACAUCUCUUCAUUCGGAACUCCUCAGCUCACCACCGGGCAACCCAAUCUCAUAUCCAUCCCAUCCUUUGCUUGACUCGAACCAACCCCCUGACAAUACUUCAGUGGAGACUCUGGCUGCAGGCUUAGCUACGGCGCACACAGCCUAUGGGCCCUCCAAGUCAUCACCCGCCCUUCCCACAUGCAUUCUUGUUCUCGUCCAGGAAGGCGAAAGAAACGUUUUCGACCAGUUGGCGCUCUCGAGGCAGCUAACCAGGGUUCACAAGAUCCCCGUCUUCCGUCUCCUCAGUUCCGAGACAUUGGAUCACACGCACAUCCCGGGCUCAAAUCCAUCCCGACCUCUCAUCUACCGGCCUCCCCACGCCGAAGGCACCGAGUUUGAAGUGACAACCGUCUACCUGCGGUGCUUCUACACGCCCACAGACUACAAGUCCGAGCGCGAUUGGGAAGCGCGGACCCACCUGGAGCGGUCGGCCGCGAUUAAGUGCCCGACCGUCCUGAACCAACUCGCCGGCAGUAAAGUCGUGCAGCAGGUGCUCGCGGAAGAAACGGGCCCAGACCAUCUUGCGAACUUUCUUUCCAGAACCGACCCAGCUACGCUCGCGAGACUACGGGAAACCUUCGCACCGCAAUACGACCUCUCGGUGAGUGGUCGCGGACGACAGCUUGCCCUGGACCCCGAAACUGCAGCCAACCACGUCCUCAAGCCUCAGCGCGAGGGAGGUGGCAAUAACAUCUAUAAAGAAGCGAUUCCUGAGUUCCUUCAAUCCCUCCCCGAACCAGAGUGGAAGCGCUGGAUCCUUAUGGAGCUGAUUCAGCCUCCGGCUGACGCAAAGAACGUGGCUCUUCGGCCCGACGGCGAGGUUCUAAGUGGACAUGUCAUUGGGGAGCUGGGGAUUUAUGGCACCAUCCUUUGGGAUCAGGCUGGAGGAAAGGUCCUGCACAAUGAGCAGGGCGGGUGGCUGAUGCGGACGAAAGCAAAGGACGUGAAUGAGGGAGGUGUUGCAACUGGGUUUUCCAGUUUAGAUAGUGUCAUCUUGUACUAAAUAUUAAUGAGAUAGUGC